AUGGGUGAAACCUUGCGGACGUUCGGCGUCUGGUUCCAAGAGCACAUGGUGCCUACCCUGCUCAUGCGCAAGCUCACCUUCCAACUGGUGUGUGCCCUCGACUUUGCUCACGAGAGUAACGUGAUUCAUACCGAUAUUAAGCCGGACAAUGUAUUUAUCAAGUUUCGAGACACUCAUCGUAUCAAGUCAGAGUACCUUCCCGUCGCUCUUCGGGCUCCCGAGGUUCUGAUCAGGGCCCCGUGGGAUAUCAGCGUCGACUGGUGGAACCUCGGCGCUACGGUUUUUGAAGUUUAUCGUGCCAUGCGCCUGUUUGAUGGGGCAGUCCCGCCUGACGGCCACUCCGAAGUCAGGGAACAUCUGGCGGAGAUUGUCGAUAUCUUUGGCCCGUUCCCAAGGGCCUUGCUGGAGAAAGGCGAUGCCACUGUUCAGGCCAUGUUUGACGACGAAGGAAGGAUUAAAGACGCUGAGCCAAUGGGCCGUCCACCCCUCGAGUCAGAGGCAUUUCUACCAGGUCUGGACCAGACUACCAAGGAGGUAUUUGGGUCUUUUCUCCGGGCUAUGAUGAAGAUCAACCCAGCCGAGCGGCCAACACCUGAAGAACUUGCGAAGCAUCCUUGGUUGGACCCGAAAAGUAAAUGGUGA